AUGCAGGAGGGGAAGAAGCGUGCUAGUCAAAAGUUCGAAGCAAGAACUACAGACAGCAGUAAAGAGGAAAAUAAUCCAACACAGUACUGCAAGGAAAACUACGAUACGACUGACGUAUUGCCAGUGGCGAUCCACGAAAUUGGUCAUGUAUUGGGCCUUGAGCAUUCCAGAGAUGAGACAUCAAUUAUGGCCGCAUUCUAUAAGGAAACAGUGGAUUAUCAUGGCAAUUACAUUAUGCCUAAAUUGUCUUCAUCCGAUAUAGCAAACAUACAGCAUCUUUACGGUAAAGUAUUACUGUAG